UAAUAAUCUAAGUGGUGGCUCGCCAUCCAGACCGGACCAGACCAUGGAAAGUCCUAUUUGAAGCUCCCUCAAAGUCAAACCUCUUCUCUCUAUAGUCUCUCUCUCUGCACAUAUAUAUACACACACUGACACAAAUAUAUAUGAUAUAUAUGUAUUACCUUCCCAACUCUCCUUCCCGCAACACCACGCCAUCUCCGGCGCAUGUUAGCACACGAGCUUCCAGAACAUUUGAACACCAGUUGAAGUUCCACUAAAUUAAACUGUAUGUACUUACAAUAGCUUCAUGAGCAGCUACCAGAAUAAGAUUCAUUACAGCCGUCCGAUCGUCGGCUCAGUGCUCAAUCCCACCUUCAGUCGCCAACAUGCAAUCCCUUUUCUCCUCAUCCUCCUCCUCUCGCCGGCGAUUCCAUUCGCCGGAGCUCAAUCAGGAUCCAACCCGACCGGAUCCGAGCUGUACAAUUACGGGAAGUUCAACCCAUCCAUAGUGGUCAUCAUCGUCAUCCUCAUAGUCGCCUUCUUAGUCAUGACCUUCUUCUCCAUCUACAUCCGGCAACGCUCCGACACCUCCGACAGCGUCUUCCGCCCUCCGGGCGCCGCCGGGAGGUCACGCCGUAACGCCGCCCUGCGCGGCCUCGAUCCGGCGGUUAUCGAGACGUUCCCGACCUUCCCCUACUCCGACGUGAAGGGGCUCAAGAUCGGGAAAGGGGCGCUAGAAUGCGCCGUGUGCCUCAACGAGUUCGAGGACGACGAAACGCUGCGUUUGAUCCCCAAGUGCGAUCACGUGUUCCACCCCGAGUGCAUCGACGAGUGGCUCACCUCGCACGUGACCUGCCCGGUCUGCCGGGCCAACCUCGUCCCCAAACCCGGCGAGUCCGUACACGUCCCCGACUCAGGCCCCGAAAUCGAAAACCAGGAGAACGACGACGUGUCGAUCCGAAUAGCAGGAGAUUACGAGCUGAAUGGUGAGGGAGAGACACGUGUCACGCAUCGGGUGGUGGAGCGGAACUGGAGUAUGCAUCAGAACCGUCCGCCGAGAUCGAGAUCUGUACGGGCACGAUUGUUCGGGAGGUUCCCGCGGUCGCACUCGACCGGGCAUUCAGUGAUUCAUCCGGGAGAGAACGUGGAGCGGUUCACUCUGAGGUUGCCGGAGGAUGUGAGGAAGCAGGUGUUGAACCGGACAUUGAGCCGGACGACGAGCUGUGCGGUGGCGUUGCCGAGAGAAGGCAGUUCGAGGAGAGGUGUAAGGCACUACAACCGGCUCGAAAAGUUGGACCGGGAGGUGAAAUCGGACCGGUGGGUUUUGUCGAUAGCACCGCCGUUCUUUUCGAGGGCGUCGUCGGUCAGGUCUCCGAAGGUGGUGGCCGAUGACGGUGAGGGAACGUCGGCCACGGCCGUUAAAAUGACGUCAAAUUAUCUGGACCGGAAAGAUGAAGAGACCGGGUUGGUGUAGAGUGGGACUCGGCUCGACCGCCGGUUUGUUUUUUACUAUUUUUUUUUUUUUUUUUUUUUUUAUUGGAAUUUUUACAUUUACUUUUUAUUGAUAGUGUGACACGAAAUUAGUCAUUGGAUUAGUAGAAGAAAAUAGAGUGGUGUAAAAUUUUUAUAUGUUUAUUGUUAUUUUUGUUUAGUCUGUAGUAUAAUAUUCAGCUAUAACGAAUUUGAAAAGUAAGCAAUAAUUAUUUUGAAUUAACAUGACCACGACCACAUUUGACCAAUUCAAUUAGAAUGCCAAGUUUGAAUUGGUCUUUUACCCAAUUUGGUUUUAUUCCAGUUUUUGGUUUGGUUUUUAGACAUCGUUGUGAUUAGUUGUACUUUUGUUGACUUUUGUAAAUUUAGAUGUCCAAUUUCUAAUGCUAUUUGCGUAUGUGAUAACA